GGCAAAUCAAUGUGCUCUGAGUGAAGAAUAAAACCAGCAAAAUGCUGAACCCCAGCCUCGCCAGCGCGUACCAACACGUAUAUUCUCUUCGACCGUAACUUGAAGCCAAUCAAUCAAGGCCACGCAAGCCCACGCCUGGACAAUGUGGAUACCAAAAUGACCGUUUCUUGGUCACGUUCCUCGUAUCUCUUAGUUCAUCUGAUCAUGAUCCAAUAUCGUACACAUCUUUAGUCCGUUUAUCUCGCAUUUUCUUUCUUCUUCCUUAUCAUAUCUUCGCUUGUCCUGCAUGUUUGUUAACCUCCGAGUAAGAGAAUGGAAACUCUCGUCAGCUAUGGUGUCACCUACCUAAUAACGAACAAUUCCACCCUAGCAACCGUCGUUGCGGCUGUCUACGGGCUCUUCCUCAAAUCAUCCACAAAGCGUCUCCCCGUCCGCGCGAUUCUACUAUGCCAAUCACCGGAAUACUCCUUGACCAAAACAGAUAUCGACGAAUAUUUAUCUAGCUCGUACGGAAGAGAUAUUUGCGAGUGGUCAUGCACACGCGCCUCCGUUGACGAAAAUUACGAAGGACCAGCAAAGAAAGCGGUUCAUAUUAAUCUUGAGCACGAAAGCAUGCUGUACGAUGACACACUUCGUGAGCUUCCAAUUCGUCAACUAUGCAGACAGCUCGUUGGCUUGCAUACGUUCAAAGAACACCGCUUCCGGAUCGUGCCUGAACGGGCUGGCGAGGAUGUAGAUGAUACCGGUCAGCUUUUUGGUGGCUGUCUGGUGUUGAUGCAUUUGAGGGAUAUAUAUGAACGAUGUCUCCGGGAUGAUUCGGGUGACGAUGGACGCUACCCUGAGUAAGUGAAGCGCGGUGGAUUAUCUCUUUGCGACAUAACUGAUCCUGGUAGGGAGAGAUAUAUCAGUCUGUUUCAGAAGUUCGCAGACGAGUACGGGGCGUAUAUGGAGUCUCUGUCAGAUGAACGGGUCGUUGAGAUUCUUGGUGGUAUUGAUGAUCCAAGGUUCGGGAGUAUGCUCAAUGAGCUUAGGAAAAGGUAUACGAAGAGGGCGUUGAGGAAACAAUGACUGUACGGUUAUAAUAUAUGUAAAGCAUAGCUAUGUUCGCUCAUGAAUCAAGAGCACCCUGAAGGAACAUAUUAUUGGAGAUUUCACAGGUGUGAUCUGAAGUGUAGACUUGACAAGGAUGAUAGAAAUGGUUAUCGGCAGCUACCCCAGGGAGCUGAGCUUUUGGUGGAACUUACGGGGUGCUUGCGUUGGCUCG